UGUUGUGCUGUCGUAGCAGCAGUGGGAGCUGACAGUUGUUACCUCCCUCUUUCUUCCUGCUGGCUCCAGUAGGCUUUCUGUCCGCCCGAGGAACACAAGCCUGGCAGCAACGAGGGCGGAGCUGGCCUGGCUGUCACGAAGAUAUGUUUCAUUUCAAAAACUAGCCACCACGCUAACAACUGUCUGAAUCCACACGGCUCUGGGUUUAACCGCGACGACAAAGCGCUUGUUACACCGACUCGAGGAGAAGCAGGAUGCCAGUGAAAGGCGGAGGAAGACUGGCCUCUUACCCGAGCAAGAGCGAAAAUGUCGGAAGCUCAGGGAUGGAAGAGAUGGUGUGGGAGCAGUACUCAGUCACUCUGCAGCGGGACUCUAAGAUGGGUUUUGGAAUCGCUGUGUCAGGUGGGCGUGACAACCCCAACGUGGAGAAUGGUGAGACGUCAAUCAUUGUCUCCGAUGUGCUGCAGGGAGGACCAGCAGAUGGAUUACUCUUUGAGAAUGAUCGUGUCAUUCUGGUCAACUCCAUCUCCAUGGACAACGUGCCUCAUUCCUUCGCCGUGCAGUCACUCCGUAAAUGUGGCAAAGUGGCCAAGAUAACGGUGAAGAGACCUCGUAAGGUGGCGGUCCACUCCCUGAAGCCGCCCCCGUCCCCAGGCGGAGACAGUCGGGACUACUCCCCCUCCACUCACUACUAUGAUGCCGACAAUGACAACGGCUGGUACCGCGAUGAAGGCCGUGACCAUCCCUCUGACAGCAAAGCGUACCUGGAGCCUGAAUACAGGGGAGGACGGGACUAUAACCAGACGGGUAGGAGCCGCGGGAGGAGCCAGGAGAGAUCCUCUCCCAGUCCCGACAGAUCCAGGAGGGACGGGAGCCGGGGACGGGCCCUGGACACCAGCGCUGACCGUCAGAAGUACCACAGCCGAGGACGCAGCCCCGGGGACAGCUACCGCAUGGAGGACAAGUAUGAGCGAGGAGAAGGAGGAGGAGGAAGAGGAGGGAGGUACAGGAGCAGAGACCAGCUUCAUGACAACCCUCCAUCCCCAGAACCUUCCAGAGAGCUGGAGCCACUGGAGAAACCUGUCAACGUCCUGCUGGUGAAGAACAGACCCAACGAAGAGUAUGGUCUACGUCUGGGGAGUCAGAUCUUCAUCAAACAGAUGACCAGCACAGGCCUGGCUGCCAAGGACGGGAACCUGCAGGAGGGAGACAUCAUUCUCAAGAUCAAUGGGACAGUGACAGAGAACCUCUCCCUGCAUGAUGCUGGGAAGCUGAUAGAGAAGUCGAGAGGGAAGCUGCAGCUGGUGGUCCAGAGAGACCGCCGCCAGAUCCUGGUCCGCAUCCCCCCGCUCGCAGACUCCGACUCUGAUAAUGAUGACAUAUCAGAGAUGGAGUCAUACCAUUCCUACUCCCCCCCAGAGGAGAGGAGGUCCCGCCAGUCUGAUCUUUCCUCCCACUCUUCUAAUGAAAGAGACAACCCCAGGGAAGAACCUCUGAGGUCGGCCAAGAUGUCAGCCAUGGCUUCACCAUUCCGAGUACCUGAAGACCAUCAGGCCUUAGCUGAGCUGGACAAAGACACGCAACACAUAGAGGAGCCUCCAGUCGCUGUAACAACAACGCCCAAGAUUUUCCUCCGACCAAGUCCAGAAGAUGAAAAAAUAUAUGGGCCAAACACAGUGAUGGUGAAUUUCCAGAAGGGAGACAGUGUCGGGCUGCGGCUGGCAGGAGGAAAUGAUGUCGGCAUCUUCAUCGCUGGUGUUCAAGAGAGCAGUCCUGCUGAGGAAGAAGGCCUCCGCAUCGGAGACCAGAUCUUAAAGGUGAACAACGUGGAUUUUCAAGGUGUAGUGAGAGAGGAAGCAGUGCUCUUCCUGUUGGAGAUUCCUAAAGGAGAAGUGGUCACCAUCCUGGCCCAGAGCAAACCUGAUGUCUAUAAUGACAUCUUGGUGUCGGGGCGUGGAGACUCCUUCUUCAUCCGGACACACUUUGAGUAUGAGAAAGAGACUCCUCAGAGCCUGGCCUUCAGUCGGGGAGACAUCUUUAAGGUGGUGGACACCCUGUAUGAUGGCAAGCUCGGUAACUGGCUCGCCAUCCGUGUUGGCAAGGACAAGCAGCUGCUGGAGAAGGGAAUCAUCCCCAACAAGAGCAGAGCGGAGCAGAUGGCCAGUGUCCAGAGCUCUCAUAAAGUUGUUGCGGGCGAUCGAGCUGACUUCUGGCGGUUGCGAGGCCAGCGUUCUGUGAAGAGGAAGGACCUGAGGAAGAGCCGAGAAAACCUGAGCGGUCAGACCCUGGCCACCCGCUUCCCAGCCUACGAACGGGUAGUGCUCCGAGAAGCUGGUUUCCGGCGUCCUGUGGUGCUGUUCGGCCCCAUCGCUGACGCUGCUAAUGAGAAACUGGCCUCGGAGAUGCCUGACCUGUUUGUUAUUGCCAAAACCGAGCCAAAAGAUGCUGGCUCUGAAAAGUCCUCAGGAGUGGUUCGCCUCAACACCAUCCGACAAAUCAUUGAGCAGGACAAGCAUGCCUUGCUGGAUGUGACACCCAAGGCAGUGGACACCCUGAACUACACCCAGUGGUACCCUAUCGUCAUCUUCUUCAACCCAGACAGCAAGCACGGCAUCAAGGCCAUGAGACAGAGGAUCAUCCCGAACUCCAACCGUAGUGCCCGAAAACUCUACGAACAGGCCGUCAAACUGAGGAAGACCUGCUCUCAUUUAUUCACUGCCACCAUAGAUCUGAACUCAGCCAAUGACGCCUGGUACGGCAGCGUCAAGGACUCCAUCAGAGAGCAGCAGAUGCAGGCUGUCUGGGUCUCUGACGGCAAGCUGGAGGGAGUAGAGAGUGAUCUGGACUGCCAGGACGUGGAGCGUCUGUCCUUCCUGUCCGCCAUGUCUGCCGAUUACCUCAGCAUGGACAGCCGGCUGACCUCCGACCUGGACGACACCGCUGACGAGGCCGGGGCCUACACCGACAACGAGCCUGAUGUGGAGACGAUGCACAUCUCUGCCAUCAGCCGCUCGUCUGAACCGGUCACAGCCGAGGAGAUCUUACGCAGAUACAGUCCAGACAUCCGGAGUCGCAUGAGGAAAAUCAGCAGUCGUGAAGUCCUCAACAGGUCCAGCCCUCCACCUGUCUUCCUUACAGACAGCAAGGUCAAACUGUCUCUUAGGGAGGAGCAGGUCCUUGGAUCAGGCUCCACCAACCCACACCAUCACCAUCGUCAGCACCACCCUCCACCCCCCAGCUCCAGCCGAAGUUAUGACUCUCCGUCCAGCAGCAGCCCUGCCAGCAGCAACAACGACCCUCCUCCACCCAUCUCCCGUUUAGCUGCCUCCUCCGGCCCACCGCCCCCACCUCCGCUUCACCACUUCAACUCCUUCGGCAAACCCCGGGCCCAGGCAGCGCCCCAGCCCCCUGCCACACCAAAGCCCAGCAGCUGCGGGAGCACAACAGAGGUUUCAGUUCACUCACCUGUCGCUCUGCCCAGUGUGAGUGUGGUAGCCUGUAGGAAGCAGGAGGAGGCAGCCGAGGACGGCCCUGUGGAGGACCCGUCCAUGAGGUCCUUCAUGGGGAAGAUCAAGGCCUUCGAGAAGAUGGAUCACUUUGCGCGGGCCCAAAGGAUUCUGGAACUACAGGAGGCACAGAAUGCCAGGUUGGAAAUUGCCCAGAAGCAUCCAGACAUCUAUGCUGUUCCCCUGAAGACAGCCAAGCUGGAUCACAGUCGCCCACAGCCUAUCGGCUCCAGCUCCCGUCCUGAACACCGGACUCCUCUGUCUUCCAAGGAGGGACGUCCCUUUUACCCCAGCGAGGUGGAGGCAGAGGAGGAGGCAGUGCCAGGAUACUACACCGCCAACUCCCACCAGUACCAGGACACUGAACUGUAGGGUUAACACACAGCAGCUGUGCCAGCCCUCAGCUUCCUGGACAUACAGUACAUGUACACACACACUGCAUAUGCAGUCUAUUUACACACUUACCAUUCCAUCACGCCCUGCACAAAUCAGCUGCUGACUUUGAACUGACUCUCGCUUCUUUUAUAUCAAGGAAAAAACUGCUUAUUUUUUUGCUUCAAGGAAGUCAAAGCAAUCUGUUCUAUCCAUUUGGAUAGGAACACUGUCUUCGCUUUACUCUUUAUGUUAUAUUUAACUGUUUCUUUCUUACGUACCUCUUUUAAUGGUCAAAACUGAGUGACCAGGAACCACUUGUUUUCUUGCCUAUGCAACUCUUCAGUUUGUGCACAGCAACUGAAACCUAUUGCCACGAGUGUUGCCCUCACAAAACCUCAACAAACCCAAAAACCCACAAUGUGCUUGAUCAUCUCUAUCCCCUUCUUUUUUAAGCUCCUAUAAUUGCCAGCUAUGAUCAACAAAGGUUACGUAUAUAUUAUUACAUACAGUAUAUAUAUAUAUAUAAAUAUAUAUAUAUUAUAUAUCUAAAGUCAAGUGUUUAUACUCUGUCUUUGCAUUCCUUCCUAUAUGACAAUGCCUGUGUAUACAUACAGUAUAUAUAUCUAUACAUCUAUAUCUAUAUAUAUCUAUAUCUAUAUAUGUAGAUAUAGAUAUAUAUAUCUAUACACACACACACAUAUAUAUAUAUAAUAUAUAAGAGAUAGUCUAUCUAGUAACACUGGAAUUUGUUACAGUUUUUUGAAGUGCCUUUUACUUUCUUAGUCCCAUGAGGUUUGGGUUGUCUUUCCUCUGCCCCUCAGCCGCCCAGCCGGACUAAAACCUCUGCUGCUGUCAAGCUUAAAGGGAAACCAGGGAACCAGUGACACCAAAACCUUAAUGCUCUCCCCACACACUGUACUGUCUGCUGUCACCUACAGUGACAAUACACACCCUUAAAACUACAACACACACCCUGCAGCCAGUCCUAUCUGCCAUGUGUAAGCAAGGGCAAACAAUGUCCCUUCUUUAGGAUUCAAUCAAAAACAAUUUCUGUCUAACACCAGUGUUACCUUUAGAGAUUAUUAGAGUUGGUUAAAUGUUAUCUGUAAAGGCCUGGUCACAUCAGCAUUUGAAAUGGCAUCAUUUCAUGGUGAAGUGUAUUCAUUUCAAUUGCCACAAUCAGGGGAUUCAUUUACAGAGGUGAAGUUAAUCUUUCCAAUUUCUUUCUAAUUAAGUGAGUUCAAUGUUGGUGAACUUUGACCUGCAAUGUCAGACCAAUGGCAAAUAGGAAACUGUCUUGACAAUACUGACCUUUGAGUAGGUUGCCAAUUCUUACGCUUUUGGCAUGAGACAUCCGCCUACAGGCUUGCUCACACUUCUCUAAUAAAUCUCAUGUCAAAUAAAAACCACAAAGCCACUGCUGGAUGACAAAUAGCUGUAUAUGUUUUGCAUAAACAUCAGUAAGUUUAUAUACUGUUUGUUGCCCAGAACUGUUUGUAUGUAGAAUUCAGCCCUCCAAAUCGAGGUUGCGCAAUGUGCAUUUUUAUACUAGUGGCAUAGCAUUGACAGAGUGACAGCAUCAGUCAGGAUAAAGCGGUAAUUAAUGUUCUGUGUUUUUCUGCACUUCAGACAGGUAAGAUAUUACACACAGAUUCCAAGUAGAAGAAAUUAUUUGGAAUAAAGCAGCCUUACUCAGGAUGAGUCCUGAGCUCCAUCAGAGCUGUGAGGACAUUUUUAUUGAGUCAAAGUUCAAACUUCAGAUAUUUGAUUCUGUCCUGUCAAAUUUUAUUGUUAGAGGAGUUUUCAGUUUUCUUGCUUAAAUGCUUUGUCUCAUAAUAUUUGCAGUGGCCUUUUUGUGCAUGUUAGCAUAUCCAUGUACUGAAUGCACCCUCUCUAAUCAUUAGUAAAUUAGUUAAUAACACAAUAUAUGGAAACAUAUAGUAAUAUAGUAAUAAUUCAAGCAAAAUUUAUGGUACCAUAACUUACUUUAUGUUGUCUCAUUGCACAGAUAGGCUGAUCAUCAUGCACUGACAGGAAUAUCAGAGUCUCGUGGGCUAAAUCAUAAAUUCAGCAAAUACUAAGAUAUGCCAGCCACUGUCAGCAUAUUAUCAGCGAUUUUUAUUAAAAUUCACUAAAAAACAAAAGAAUGAAAUCCCAUUUCAGAUUUUUAUUUUAUGAUAUCCCCAAUGUUGCUCAACAUAGAAAAACUGAAUUAUCUUGGAUAAUGUAAAGAUCCUAUAGGUUUAAUGUAAUGGUGACCAGUUUUAAUUAUUUCAGUUUUGUUUCUGUGAAAUCAGUCAUUUUUUCAUGUCAGUUUGGUGUGGUGGCUAACUUCCAGUUUAGCCCUAGCCUUUUAACCCUCACUUGAAUAGGGUUAAAAUGAUUCAAUCCUGAGGCUCUUCUAGAUUUUCAAAAUGUGAUCGGACUGAAUGGAUCAAAUUCUGAUAGUGAAACAAGUCAUUUUGUGGGGGUUGCGACGCU